AUGCCCCAGCAGACUCCAUCAGAGCAGGCGAAGCCACGAAAGCUCUUACAACCCUACCAGAGAUGGCAGCCCUCGCUACAUCGCAGCCCCACACCUUCUGCAGAGCCGUUCAUUAACUGGCUGGACCUCCAGGGUCUAGUACUCAUCUCUAACAUAGACUGUCCCAUACAUGAAAGGGGUAACGUGUUAGACCUCAGUUUCGCCUCAAGCCCUCUGGCACUCGCGGGAGCUAAAACUAGCAUAGCGAGCCACUUAGAUGCAACCUCAGAUCAUCAACCACUAAUCACCACUGUACCAUGGGAUCAGAGAUACAAGGAAACAGCUCAGAAACUGAGAUUUGACACACUAGACCACACCUCCUUCCUCUCGCUCCUCGCCUCUAAUCUCGCUGGCACCGAGAGCUCAGCCGCAACAGAAGAAGAUCUUGAUGAUAACCAUGGCCUCUGCUCAAAGACAGACUUCUGCAGGAUAACUAGAUGGUCUCAACGACAAUUUUGGCAAGAUAAGCUCUCUACGGUAACACAAAUGAAGGAUGUCUUUGAUAUGAGUAAAUGGCAUAAGUCUACAGGUACCUUCCGAAGCCCUCCACUGAAGGAUCCACUGAGACCCAACAGCUUCCUAGCAGUUACUAUACAUGAGAAACGAGAUGUACUAGUCUGUAAUCUUCUCCAAAACUUGGCUGAGGCAGGAGACAUACCGCUGGACUCCCCAGCAGUCCCUACCACUAGUCUCUAUUUCCCAGACAUAAUAAUGGCACAGGUGGAGGAGUCAGUACUUCAGGCAGGAAACACAGCCCCUGGCUCAGACGAAAUCCCAAUCUGCAUACUUAAAGUGGCAUGGCCUCUGAUUAAGGACAAGAAACUAAAAAAGACUGAUUGGUCUUCACCUAGUUCAUACAGACUAAUCACUCUCCUAUCAGUACUUGGCAAAGGACUGGAGCGCUUGGUGGCACGGAAUAUGGCAUGGAUCUCUAUAUACUACAAAGUAUUAGCAAGGCAACAGUUUAGGGCUCUCCUACUAAGAUCUGCAAAUGAUCUAACCAUAUGCCUAACACAUGAUGUUGAACAAGCACUAAAUCAAGGCAUGACUGCCUCACUCCUUACCCUAGAUGUCAAGGGCGCUUUUGAUGCCGUGCUUCCCGGCAGACUUAUCCGCAGAUUACGUGAGCAGGGCUGGCCCACCAAUCUUGUUCUCUGGAUUGCCUCCUUUGCUACUGGGCGAUCAGUCCAGAUCCGACUCGAUGGAGAGAUUGGCCCCUCAACAGACAUUGCCUGCGGUCUUCCACAAGGAUCCCCAGUAUCUAGCAUUCUUUUCAUGCUCUACAUAGCGCCCCUAUUCUGUCUAGGAAACCCAAGGAACAGAUUUGGUUACGCAGAUGACGCAGCUAACCUGGCAAUCUCAACAUCUCUUGCUACUAACUGCAAAGCAUUAUCAGACUCACUAUAA